GUUCAGUCAAUGUGGAAAACACAUGAGAUAGUGGUAAUUUGUGUAGUUCAACAGAAGUUAAGCGUUUACAUUACUUUUAAAACAUUUGAGCUGUUUACGAGUCUUGACGUGGCUAAUUGAUAUUCCGUUUCAAUAGUUUCUUAAUGCGGGAUAGAUAAAAAGUAUACAACAUUUUCUUGGAGUGUUUCAUCUUGCUGUUGGGAUGUCUCUGUUUCUUGUAAACAGGUAUCUUGGAGAGGAGGAAAAUGGGAGCGUCUCGAAGGAGUCUCGGUCUCAGGCGUUACUGGCUAAACUACAGCAGAAGGCAAAAGAGAAUCAGAAACAGAGUUUAACAGAAAAGAGACAACACCCGCCUAAAGAACGGACAAAACAAGAGGAGGUCAAAAUAAAAAUAAAGUCUGACGAUGACAGCAGUCAAGAGCCUCAACGCCACAAAAAGAGGAAAUCAGAAGCAGUGCCUUUGCUUGUCGCAGAGUCUGAUAAUCACGAUGAGCAAGUCGAGGAAAAACAGAACAAGACGGGUGCAAAUGAGAAACGGAAGAAGAAAAAGGAUCAGUCAGUCUGUCUCCACCUCAGAUGCCGCUGCAGAAGCUGCUGUUUUCUGCCACACUUACACAGAACCCUAGAGAAGCUGCAGCAGCUGGGCCUCCACCAGCCCAGACUGUUCAGCUCCAUCCACAGUCACUCCAGCACCAUCAGCAGCAGCACCACAGCAGCAUCCCCCACCCAGAAACAAGGCUGCUUUAACUUCCCACAAGGUCUGACGGAGUAUUAUGUUCCCUGUACGUUAAGCAAGAAGCCCCUCCUCCUCUUCCACUUCAUUCUGCGGAUGAAGUUCAGCCCCAUCCUCUGUUUCACCAACUCCAGAGAGACGGCACACGGACUUUAUCUGCUGGUGCAGCUCUUUGGUGGAAUUCAGGCAGCUGAGUUCUCCUCCCGACUCUCUCCUGCUGAGAGAAAGAAGACGCUGAAGAAGUUUGAACAAGGAAAGCUGGAACUGUUGAUCAGCACAGACGCAGCUGCCAGAGGCAUCGACAUCAACGGGGUCAAAUGUGUUGUGAAUUAUGAUGCACCGCAGUACAUCAGGGUGUACAUUCACAGGAUUGGAAGAACAGCAAGAGCAGGGAAAACAGGGCUGGCCUUCACCUUUCUGCUCGGAGUACAGGAGAAGAACUUCCUUCAGAUGGUGGUGGAAGCAGCCUUUCACAUCCCUAACAACAUCUCAGAUGGCAGGAGAGGCCCAGCAGGUCUGCAGGAUUCAAAUCAACAGCCAUCAAUAAAAGAAGGUAGAACAGCAUCAUGUGUAACGUAG